CAAAACAGAGAGACCGGCGUUAAGCGAGUUCAUCUCCAACGAGGAUUUUACCGCUAAAGACACUUUAGAAAGAAUGGCGCUACAAAGAAUUCUGAUGGAGAAGAAAGGGACGCUGCUCUCUCGGCUCCAACCUCUACACAUUGGUGUGGUCUGCAUUAAAGACCAGCCAAGGGUUGUCUCAUGGAAUUUCACCGACAGCGGUGAGGCCAAACCAUCAGUAACAAAAGAAAAUAGGAUGGUUGUAAUUAGUGAUGGAUGUUCUGUAGCUAAACUCCUGCUUUUUGAGGAGUACUCAGCUAAGGUAACUCUUGGUCAGGGGUAUGUGAUGAGACAUUACACCCUUAGAGGACAGUCCCCACCUUACCAGAUCAGUGUUUCCAGGGACACACAGUUUUUCAGUUCGACACCAGUGCUGGUGUCACAGAAGCUGCAGAUGGAGGCGGAGAGGCUCCUCAAUCCCGUCUCCAAGAUGAGUCCCUUGAAAGGCAUCAAGAAGACGCAGGGAUUGGUGACGGUGGAGGGGGAGGUGGUGAAGAUCUCCGCCAUCAAACGGAUGCAGGUGAAGAACAAUGUGGUGCCCCUGAGGAUGCUGAAUUUACAGGAAGACAGCACACAGGUUGCAGUAAACCUGUGGAGGGAGGCAGCUGUGUUGCCACUCCAGAAGGGAGCCCAAAUAAAGCUUACACAUUUGAGAUCAGUCACAUCAAAAUAUGGACACCACCUGCAGUCCACAACCUUUACAGCAUUUGAGGACGUCCCAGUCAAAACUUGCAUUCUGGGUGUGAUGGGAGUGCUGGAGUGCGAUGACAAGCCGGGAAUGUUGCAGCUUCUGGUGCAGGAGAAUGAUACUGUGUUUGAAACUGAGCUGGCUGUUUGGCACCCAAUAGGGAAGAAAUUGUGCAGAGUGCCAUUCAAAGUCAAAGUUCAAACCGUUGGAAAAAAGAUAAUUAGUGUUGAGGCCGUUGAGGAAGAGGAGGAAGAGGAGGAAGAGGAGGAAAAGGAAGAGGUGUACUGUACUUAAGCGAAAAUUUGAGGUACUUUGAGUAUUUUAUGCAGCUUAAUACAUUUGGGAAAAUAUCGUUCAACAAUGUGACAACUUUAGUUACUCUAGCUACUUUUAGUGAUUUUGGAUUUUUCCUUUAUUUUAUGGGUUCAGAAAAUGUUCCUGUACUUCUUAAGCUAAAUGAGCUAUUUAAAAAAAAUUUCUGGAGAACACACAGCCACAAAGCUGAAUACACGGCUGUUUUUCUAAGAUCAUGAAAAGUUGACUUUUUAGAGACAGAGACACUAACAACAUAUGAUGAGCUUAUAGAAUAUGAUCACCGUAGAUUACACUAAUCAGUAGCCUAUAGUUAGAAUUAGCUCAACCUUCCAGCAGUAAAAUGCAAUAUAAACAUUAAGCAGUAAUAUUAAUCCAAAAACAUCAUAACUAAGAUUUGCAGAAUGAGUACUUUUUUUAUAUUUUAAGUAUAUUUAGCUAAUUAUACUUUUUACAGUUUUUAAUGCUAAUAAGACUUUUACUUGUAGUGGAGUAUUUUCAAAGUGUGGUGUCAGUACUUACAGUCUCUAUAACUAAGAGUAGGCUAUAUACUAUAAUACUAGCUAUAUAUCUAUACUAUAAUACUAUAUAUCUAUAGUAUCCGAUUACUUCUUUCACCACUGAUGGUGUGUAAGAAUAGCCCCAAAAAUUAUUUUGUUUUGUCAAAUGUACAAAAUGUUAUAUUCUGCAUAGUUUUUGAGUGGAAUUUACUUUCUUACAAAAUUAUUUGUCUUAUUAAUUUGGUAAUAGGCUAUUUGUUCUUUCAUUUAUUAAAUUUACUUUUAAAAAGGAAAAUAAUGUGUAUGAAAAAGAGAAAAGACAUAAAAUAGUGCAGAAAUGAAUAUACAGGAAUAAAAUAUAAUAUAGACUGUGGCAAGACAUUUACAUAGGUGAAAAAAGCCUAAUGUGGGCAUUUUUUUGUAAUUCAGACGUCUGGAAUAUAUUGUGAUAUGGCGCCAACACACUAAAUCCACAUUAAAUGAAAAGAUAAAACACAGCUAUCACACUGACACAGAAAUGGUGCAUAUCAUUACUCUUAGUGCCAAGUUGCCUUAGACAAAUCAGCAUUUCCUAAUGUGUGACAACCUUUAAUUCACGUAUACGUAAGCCUGCCUCUCUGUCUUAUUUCUCUCCUUUCCCUUUCUGAUCUGAAAUACAUUUAACUGUAAUUAAUAAUAUGCUGCAUAAAAUGAAGUGGAUUUUAUUACAUUUCUAUGAAUAAUUAAAUAUCUGUGUUUUUUUUUAAUUCAUUGCUAUCUUCUUGACUCAGACAUUCCUCAAUAACAUUAAGCUUGACUUCAACCACCGAGCGCCAACUGAGGGUAGAUCUUCCCCUAAAUCUCUGAAGGCUAUCCGACACACUGGCAGCUAACUGAGUGUACCAUAACAGGCAUGUAAUAAAAAAAACCCUGUGCUGAGA